UUGUCAGUCUGCGGCAAAACUAGCGUGUUUUUGUGAUUCGUUCUGCUCCCAUCGUAGUCAAAGUCCCGCACAUGUGAAACCGGACCAAAGCUUGUGAUCUAUUUUACGUUAACGAUGAUCCCCGUGGCGCCCCAGGGGAAGCCGGCCACCAUGGACAAGACGGUGUUUCGCUUUUUCGACAAAUUUACCAGCGCGGACGAGACAACUCGCGUCCGCGGGGCCUGCGAGCUGAUCGCGUUUUUGGCGAGCGAACCCGAGAAGAAGGAGAAGGAACGUGCCUAUGCGUUGAAGCGGUUGAUUCGGGGUGUUGGAUCGAACACGAAUGCGUCCAGGGCGGGGUACUUUACGGCUCUGGUGGGAUAUUUGGAGCAGGUGAAGGACACCGAGUUCUGUCCCGGGAUAAUGGAGAUAUUUGGUUUGGUCAAGUCGGAAUUGUCCGAUUCGGACAAGGAUGGGGACGACGAUGAUAAGCAGGCCCAGCUGAAGGUGGAACUUAGGAUUGGGAAGAUCUCGGUUUGUGGGGCCAUAAUCGGGACUGGACUGGUGGAUGGAGCGUCUGAUUUGGAGCUGCAAACGGUGCUGAAGACGCUGAAGAAAGGCAUGCACAAGGCAGCGACUCCGUUGGCGAUUAUGUACUUGAGUGAGUUGGUCAAGCGGAUCGAUACGAAAAAGUUCACCAGCGUGUUGUGGCCCGUCGUCGAGCCGAAACUGAACGUCGCGAAGGAGGAGCAAACGAUGGACACGAUUUACUUUCUGCUGGCGGCGACUUCCGCUCAUAAAAAGUCGGUCAACAAGCAUUUUUUCCAGAACAACUUUGGCAGUCCUCGAAUGUUCCACGAGUCCAACUAUCCGUACUUGGCAAAUCUGCUGUGGGACAUCAAGAGCACGGUCACGAUCAACCAUCCGUUGUAUGACUAUUUGCUCGAGCAGUUGGUUGAGCAGGACAAGGUGGCGAGCUUCUGGACGCACGGAGUUGAGCCCAUUCUGAUGGACGAGGGCAGCGAACACAAGUUCAAGGAUAUCGUCGCUCUGAGGGUACUGAUUACGAUCCUCAACAGGUUGAAGACCUUCCAAUCGCUACCCGAGCUGCUCAGUCCGGGACUGCUGGAAAUGGUUCUGCGCAAGACGAAGAACUUUGCUCAACUAAGUGAGGACGUUCGCGAACUGUACCAGGAAGCGUUCGAAGCGCUGAUCCAGUGCUAUCCGAAGAUUUCGGACGAAGAGUGCAAGUUGCAGGUCUUUGAAAAGCUCGUCAGCGCGCCCAGCAGCGUUCUGAUUGAAAAGUACGCCUCCAACAAAAUCAUUCAAAACUUGCUUGCCACUUUGAGCGGCGAAAGUGUGCAGAAAGCUGCGCAGAUUCUUAAAAACCUGAUUCUAUCCGACAACGAAGCCGUCCUGAACCAGGAACGCAUCCACGCGACGCAAGCACUGCAGAAGCUGCUCUACAAUCGGCACGUCCUCGCGGAAAACGACUGGCGCCUUGGACACAUCAAGUUCUUCCUGAACAUGGGCGUGUUCUACUCGGCCGAUGGUCAGAAAAUCCUGAAAAGCAGCAAAAACCAGUCCGCCCUCUCCGCCGAGCUGGUCCCAACGAUGAAGUCUUCGUUUUUCCACUGUCUGGAGCAACGCCACUCCAAACUCGCCGACGAAAAGACCUUCCUGCUGUCGAUCGUCGAGUACGUGCACGAAAUUCUCGAGGGCUCCGGCGUAAAAACGCUCCGAGUCCCGCUCAGCGAUGAACACCUGCAGUACUGGCACCGCAUGUACAAAAUCGUCAACGGCAAGCAGAAGAACCAACAGAACCAGAAACUCGCCACCGUGUUCCACAUCCUGGUGCUGUACAUGGGACUGCACCUGUUCAGCGAUCCCGAACUGGCCGCCAGUUCCAUUGCCGAGCUGGAAAGCGUCAUGAAGCGCGUGCAGGGCAAAAAGUCCGCCUCCAAGUUGGCCAUCAAACAGAACGGAACGGCCGCUGAACCCGAGUGGAUCGAGGUCGUGGUCGACCUGUUCCUCAACUUGAUGUCGCAGAACUCGCACCUGCUGCGACGGGUCAUCGGGCACGUGUUCCCGCAUCUGUCCGCCGAGCUGACGCUGACGGCGUUCAACCAGAUUCUGUCGGUGAUCAACCUGAAGGACAAGACGAAUCCGCUGAGUGUGGACGAAAAGGGCAAUGGCGACGACGGAGCGGACGACAGCAAGAUGGAGACGGACGAGGAGGAUGACGACACGAGUGGGGUGGAGAGUGACGGUGGCGAUUCUGACGGAAAAUCUUCAGACUCGGAGGAAGAAGACGAUGAUGAAGAGGAGGAGGAAGAGGACGAGUUCAGUGACGACGAGGAUGGUGAAAAGGUUACGGACAAGAUGCGCUUGGCCAUCCAGCAAGCCCUCGGCGGUGCCAAUCCGGAAACCGACACCGAGUCGGUUGAUCUUGACGAUAUGAACGAAGAGGAGGGACGCAAGCUGGACGAAGCCCUCGCAGCGGCAUUCAAAAUGUUCAAACAGUCGAAAAAGACCAAACCAACAAAGGCGGAGGAACGUGUCGAGACCACGUUGACACACUUCCGGAUGCGGGUGUUUGACCUGAUCGACAUCUACCUGAAGAACAGCCCGAACAUCAUCAUUUGCCUCGAGUUGAUGCUGUACAUCUUCGAGAUGUUGCCGGUCGCGAUAAAGGAAACCAAGCACAAGCAAAUCCUCGACCGCUAUCGACAAAUCUUCAACAACCUGACCAAGAUCAAGCAGUUCAACAUUGACGUGAAGGACGUUUCGGCGGAGCAGCUGCCGCAGAUUCUCACCGAUUUGAUGGAGAAGGUGGCCAAGGGUUCGUCCUUCCCGGACCGCAACCAGUACCUCCUGAAGGCGUGCCAGUUCAUCGUGAUCUGCUCGCAGCUCAUCGAAAAGGACAGCAAACCCGCCAACAACAAAAAACACGCCACGAUCGAUCAAGUAUUCUGCAAAUAUCUCCAAGAGUUCAUCGUCGAUCGAAACCCGCCGCUAACGACGAACGUGUUCCAAACCCUCUUCCGGAUGGGCUGGUCCGGCAACUGGCUCCUGGCCAAAACCCUCGCCGCGGAGGGCCUCAAGCAGGAAACGCGAAUCGUGCGUCGAACGCAAACCCUUCAGCUGCUCAAAGAGCUCAUGAAAAACAGACGCUUCAUCGCCGCCGACUCGCAAACCGCCCAAAAAUCGCUCAAACCGAUCGCCACCAACCUCGCUGCGUACCUGGAAGAGCGCGAAAAGUCCGCCAACAUUUCCCAGAACGAGUUCAGCGAGCUGCUCCAGCUGCUCCAAGAGCUGAAGAACUUCCAGCAGCAAAACGCCGGUCUCGAGCUGAUCAACUGGAAGCGAACGGGCGCCCAAAUCCAGAAGCUGCGCCGCUUCAACCUCAACUCCCAAACGAUGAACCACUACGUGAGGCUGUGCCGUCAGCUGCAGCUGGAGCCCAUCAAAAACAGCCAGGAUAAGCAGCAGCAGCAGCAGAAUGGAACCGCUAAGCAGAACGGAGUGGCCAAGAAGAAGAAGAAGACAGACGACGGAAGUGACUCGUCGGAUGAGGAGGAAGAAGAAGAUGUGCAGGAACCGACGAGCAACGGUGCGGUCAAGCGGAAAAAGAACGGCAAUGCGGCCAAGCAGAAGCGAUUGAAGAAGGAGGAACGGCUCAAGGCGGCUUCCGAAGGGCUGGAAACGGUGUCGUUUGUUAAUGUAGAGUAAUUUUGAAGAAGAAAAAGUUUAUGGAAGGCAAAUAAACUUUAAAGAUUAUUAA